AUGCCAGUACCCCCACAGUUCUUUAAAAUUGCCAACUUGACUAUUGGCUCAUUGUGCUUGAUCGCUUCAGUUUCACAAUUGACCUAUAUCCUUUCCAACUUCAAUGCUUUUUUGUUGGCAAUCUUUGGUAUAGUGUUGUCCACCCCGAUUGUUGUUCUAGAGUUUAACAUUCCUUCGAAUUUGUACCGUUAUGCCUCUUUCUACUUCAGUUUCCUCGGUAGAGGAGUGGUCUAUAUCCUAAUCAGUUUCCUGCUUGGGUUUGGUGGGGUCUUCAAGAUUCUAACUUCGCUAUUGACCUUCCUAUUGGGUGUGGUUUACACAGUCUUUGAGUUUUUACCCCAGAUUGAAGAACCAGCUAAUUUCAGAGGUGAGGGUUCUCCAAUCGCUGUGGAAGGUGAUGAUGAUGAUAUUAUCUAG